AUGCAACCGACGAGGUGUCUCUUAAAGGGACGUUCCGUUUGGAAGGGACCUCACAUCGUUCCACUUCCAAUCGUACGUCCAGCCCCCGGUGAGUGGGUGAAGCCCAUUAAAACACAAGCGCGUUCCGCCACCAUCCUCCCCAGCUUCGUAGGACUCAAGUUCGCCGUGCACAACGGCAAGGUCUACAACGAGGUCGCCAUCACCGAAGACAUGGUCGGACACAAGCUGGGCGAAUUCUCCGUAACGAGAAAGCCGUUCAUCUGGGCCAGAGGGAAGUAG